AUGGCGGCUUCCACACUCUCACUCGCUCUCACUCCCUCCCCAUCAGAUCCAUCACUUCCCUCUUCCCGCCACAGAUCACUACUCUUCCUUUCCCCUCUCAAUCACAAUCACCAUUUCCUCUUAUCUCACAGGUCCCGAUUUCGCCUCAGCCCUCAAUCAUCCUGCUCCUCUGCCUCCUCGUCGGAGUCUCCUCUUUGCUUGGCCGGUGAAUCUACUAGCAGCAGCGCCUCCGCUGCCUAUUCGAGGCUAGAGGACUGGUUGAAGACAGGGAAUUACAAUUUCCUCAGCAACGAGGAGCUUCUCAAGCUCCAGAGCCUUCAGGACUUUCGGUAUCGGCGGGAAUUGAGAACCGGGUCGCUUUGCAUUCGGGUGAUGAGGCCGGACGAGACCGAUGUAACAGUGAAGUUGCUCUCCGAGUCCUUUGUGGAGUCCAUGAUGCUGCCCGAUUGGUACUUGCCUUUGAUUAGUUAUUUGGUGAAGCAGUACUUGAUGGAGAGGCGGGCCGCGAUUCCCCAUGCCGUUACGCUUCUAGGGUUCGUUAAAUGGAAAGACGGCGGCAGCGGGGGCGAGGGGGAGGACGAUGAGGAAGGGGAGUUAGCAGGGACUGUGGAAAUUUGUUUCCAUAAGAGAGGGGCAAAUGAUUCUCCUCCCACGCCAACAGCGCCGAAGGACUCUCCCUAUAUCUGCAACAUGACUGUUAACAAGCCACUCCGUAGGAGGGGAGUCGGUUGGAAUCUUUUGAAAGCAAGCGAGGAGUUAAUUUCUCAGAUGAGCUUUGUAAGAGAGGUGUAUCUGCACUGCAGGAUGGUUGAUUCAGCGCCCUUUAACAUGUACAUGAGAGCAGGGUAUAAUGUUGUUAAGACAGAUGGCAUAUUGGUAUUGCUGCUGUUGCAAAGUCGUAAACAUUUGAUGCUGAAGAAGCUUCCGUUACCAACCAACAACGUAGAACUUGACAUGCCAGGCUCUGACCCUGAACAUGUACAAGUGGGAGCAUAAGUUGCAGCAUAUGUUUCUGAGAGUUUUCUCUGGAUCUUCGAAGGUCUGAGAUUGUUCUGCUCAUCCAGUGACUUGAUUCCGGCAGGUCUAUCUGCUGGUCCAGAUCUUCAGAUCAUCGUUGCUGGUAUGUACUUAGUUAUAUUUGUGCUAGGAACCUGCUCUUCUGCAGUCAAUUGCACGAGGCAGCAUUAAUUUCUUGCACCGCACUGCACUGCAGUGUAAUCAUGCCUAGUGGUAGUUGUAUCGGAAUGUUCUUCUAACCUUAUGAAAGUCUGCUGGACAGAAUAUCUUCAACAAGAUGAUACUAAAGCAACAAAUCUUGUGCCCCCAGAGUUGAAGAGAUGAUGUGAGAGAGGAUGGAUUGAUUUCUUGUAUGUGCACGGCAAAGCAUAUAUGGCAUUUAACUGUGGCAAGGAGAAAUGUUGAUGGUAUGGGAGCAAUGUGCACGGAAAAACUCAUAAUUUAUGCCGUUUCUUCCAUUGCUCUCAGUUUGUUGUAUGUAUCAUGCACAAUUAGGUUUUCUAUUAAUAAGAGGAAGAGAGGAAGAAAACAUCUUCAUUGUUUAGAAUGCACAGUUGCCCUCUUGUGUUUAAUAAAUAAGGAAGAACUUUAUGAUAGAAUUUUGAAUGAAUUCCCUCCCAUGCCUGAGCCCUUUGAGUUAUUUGUAUAGAUAAUCACUUGGAGUUCUUUUACACAUUCAGCCAUGGAAGGUCUCUCACUGCUUUCUGUCCGUACGCAGCGUGAUGCCAAGUUAGCAAACAUGGCUACAGAUUCCAGUGAGUACGAGCUCCGUGGCAUAUCUGGAUCGAUCACUCUUCUCAGCUUCUUCCGAUCGUUCAGUAUGUGCCUAACCUGCAGAACUAGGUUUUGAUCAGUUGGUCCUUGGUUUAGGUCAACAGCUCGACGUCCUGUCAAUAGCUCAAGAAGAACCACUCCAAAUGCGUAGACAUCACUUUGUAGAGUGAGCUUUCCUGUCUGCAGAAAAAGGAGCAAAAUGAAAUCCUCGUUUCUUUCUAGCUAGUUAAACUACCAGAACAAGAAUAGGUAUGUUAGAGCUGGUCCUUUUGGUUGGUUGGUGGUGUCCCUACUGCAGCAAACCUAAAGGAGGGUUUUGCUCAGUUUUCCAGUUUUAGUUAUCAGGUUGGUCUUACUCUAGCUUAUUACUACAGAGGGAAUUUAGAACACCUACUGAUGUGUACUCUGGAUCAAAAUAGCCAAAUGUUCCCAGAACCAUAGCAGUUGCGUAGAUCUCCUGGCCCUCUGGCAUCAACUUAGCCAAACCGAAAUCAGAAAUCUGCAAGGACAUAAGAUGUUCAUUGAUACCAUUCUUAUUUCAGGUCCUCUCUCCUUCUGAACAUGUAAAAAGAAAGGAGUGGACUUUGUUCACCUUGGCUUCAAAGUUCGCACCGAGAAGAACGUUGGUGGAUUUAAAGUCUCUGUGAACAAUGGGUAUACCAACGGCAGACGGUGAAUGGAGAUAAGCAAGUCCUCGUGCUGCUCCAAUGGCCACUCUUAGUCUUUGUGUCCAGUCCAUCUUUGCUUCCCCUAUUCCUGCAAUGAAAAUAGCAGAUAACUUGAUCAACAACUGAAAAGGGUUUAAGCAUUCACUCUAAACUGGACGAUGAGUGCCAAAGUACCAUUCAAGUGAUCUUGCAAAUUCCCUUUUGGCAGGUACUCAUACACAAGAAACCUCUGCUUCCUAUCAGCACAAUACCCUAUCAGCGAAACCAAAUUUGGAUGAUCCAGUCUGCUCAAGAUAUCGACUUCGACACGAAACUCUCUUUCCCCUUCAGCUUCUCUAAACGAAGAUCGCAGAGUUCCUCUGUACACUCUGCCAAACCCUCCUUUACCAAGAAAGUUUCCAUCACUAAACGAGCAAGUAGCGUCCUCCAUUUCCUUGAGAGUAAAGACCGAUGAUCCAUGGUGUCGCUUCGUGGGUUGGGUUGUUCGAUCUUCUAGCUUCCAGUACUCGACAGGCCUGUAUACCCCUGGAAAUCACAUAGAGAUGAAAACAGUUUCCAAGCUACAUAACUUCAAGUUGCAGGAAGGAUGAUUUCCACAGGAGGGGAGGAAUACAUACAGGGGUCACUGUGAUCCUGGGACUUGCUUCUCCUUCUCUUGUUCCAAGCAGAAACCAGCCCGAAAGGCAUAGUUAUUCUUCCUCCCCCUCCUUCCCCGGAAAUGCAAAAGAAAAGAGAAGAAAAGAGCAGAAAACCAAAAGCAAGCUUUGGCUUUAAGGAUUCAAAUCCUGAAACAGUGUUAGGAGAAAUGAGCAAAUGGCUAGAGAGAGGGGAGGAUUUGAGGUCUCAUCAAGAAGUGUGUGUUUUGAUUGAUUCUCUGACAAGUGAGAAGUCACCAGACUGAAGAUCAGUUUGAUUGCGAUUAAAGUGAAGGGAAGGAAGCAUAUGUAAAAAAGGGUAGGUGAGGAAGGAGAAUCCUCGGAUGAGUACGUAUGGAGCAAGUGAAAGGUGGUAGCUUCAGGACAAUGUACUCUUGAACUACAGGACAGAGAAAUGUGCUUGCAGAGAACGUUAAGAAAUCUGCAGAAAAGGAGGAAGAAAGCAAGGUGGGUAAAAUGGCAGGCGGGAGAUGUGGAUGGCUAGGACGUAAAUGUGUGGAAUUGUUGUAUUGUUUGCUUCUGCUGAAGCUCAAGAAACUUGAAUCAGGCAGGAGAAAAGGGUGUAGCCGUUGGGAAGCAGCUUUCAUUUGGUAUUUCAACCAUUUUUCUGGUUUGUUUGGAGGUUUUUCGUUUUUUGCUGGUGGCGCAUUCUUUUUUAAAUUCCUUUUCUUCCCCCAUCUUUUGACGUAUUAACCAUCACCAUUAUUUUCUGCAUGGUUAUUGGUUACCAAAGAGUAGGUUAGGGAAGAGAAAGAAGGUUGUGCAUAAAUUUACGGGUCUUAAAAUUAGAACUUCUGAGUCAAAUUUUGUUACUACAACGAUUGGAUCAAACCUAUGUCGACAAAUAAUAGUGUUGUUUUUGUUUGAAGAUAGCCGACUG